CAGCUACAGAGAGCAUGACAAAAAGGUGGGAGGGGAGGAAGACGAGGAGGACAUGAAGGAUAUGGACACAGUUUCUUGAAGAUUCCUGGUCAGGAUGGCAUGUGCAUGGGACUUUCAGUUUCGGGUGCUGCUAUUAGGUGACUCUGGUGUUGGCAAAACUUCCCUCCUGAGGAGAUACACAGAGGAAGAGUUUACAGACACAACUGGGCCCACUGUUGGGGUAGAUUUCUGCUCGAGAAUAGAAGAGCCUGAGCCUGGAGUUAAAGUAAGGCUGCAGUUCUGGGACACAGCUGGACAGGAACGUUACCGGGCAGUGACUCGCUCCUACUACAGAAAUGCUGCUUGUGUUAUUCUUCUGUUUGACCUCACUGAGCAUAAAACGUUUGACAGCAUCCAAAACUGGUAUCAGGAAGUAGCAGAGAGAGCUCAGCCUCCACCCCUUCUUUUCUUACUUCUUGGAACGAAAAGUGAUAUGCGUGGGCAGAGAAGUGUACCUCGGGAAGAGGCACAGACUUUGGCAGACUCCAUAAGAGCCCCAUACCUGGAGACAUCUGCACGAACUGGCAGCAAUGUUUCUUCAGCCCUCUCCCUUCUGUGUAGAGAAUUGCUGAGAGCUGCGAGACAGGAUAAACAGGCAGCGAUGGAGCAAAGCUGUGGGGGAUGCUCAGUAGGGGAGGAGACACCAAAGAAGAAAAUUUUAUGUACAUGUUGA